CGCUGACUGUGGCUGCAGCAUCCCAUCGGAAAAGGCUAGAUCCAGGCAAGGCACGAGAGCCAGGAAGGAGCUUAGCAGUGCUGAGAUGUGGAGGUCCCAGACUCGGAUGACUCUAGCUGUUACUUCAGCAGAGCUUACUCUGUUUCACAACGGCUUCAGGUAUGUUUUAUUUACAAGGCUUGCAAAAUGAUCAGUUAGACCAGCCUUACAAUGCCAACAUCUGAAAACAACUCAGAAUUCCUGGAGUAUCCCAAAGAGGGGAAUUUGUCGCAAGCAGCUUGUUUCGCAGAACGAAAAGUAUCUGUCAUUUUUCCAAUUAUUUUCAUGACUGUUGGUAUUCUUUCCAAUAGUCUUGCCAUAGCAAUUCUCAUAAAAGCUUAUCAAAGAUUCAAGCUGAAAUCAAAGGCGUCCUUUCUUCUUUGUGCCAGUGGCCUGGUGAUCACUGACCUUUUUGGCCAUCUCAUUAAUGGAGCCAUUGCAGUGUUUGUCUAUGCAGCCGACAAGGACUGGAAGUGGAUCGACCAGUCAAAUGUUUUCUGCAACAUCUUUGGGAUGUGCAUGGUAUUCUUUGGCUCGUGCCCUCUGCUCCUUGGCAGUGUGAUGGCUGUAGAACGCUGCAUUGGAGUUACCAAACCUAUUUUCCAUUCUACAAAAAUGACUUUAAGGCAUAUUAAAGCAAUGCUUGCAUUUGUUUGGAUUUUUGCAGUUAUGAUAGCACUAAUGCCAAUUAUAUUUUCAAGACCAUAUGAAAUUCAGCCUUCAAAGACAUGGUGCUUUUUUAGAACUAAGAAUAUUAAAGACUGGCUGGACAGCUUUUUCCUUCUUCUGUUCUCCUGCCUAGGGCUGGUAUCCCUUACAGUUUCAUUUCUCUGUAAUGCUGUCACAGGAUUAACUCUCAUCAGAGCAAAAAUUCAUAAUAUCCAUCACAGACAAGGGAGAUCUCAUCAUUUUGAGAUGAUUACUCAGCUUCUAGCCAUAAUGUGUGUCUCCUGUAUUUGUUGGAGUCCUUUUCUGGUAACCAUGGCAAGAAUUGGAGUCAGUGGACAGCAGGACCAAGAAAUCUGCAAAACUUUACUCCUAGCUGUUCGAAUGGCUACCUGGAAUCAGAUUUUAGACCCAUGGGUGUACAUUCUUCUGAGGAAAACUGUACUACGAAAGCUUUUCCAGAUUGCCAGAGAAAACUGUGGAAUGCAGAUUAUUAACUUUCAUCAGUGGGAGUUAAGCUCCAUUAAAAACUCUCUUAGAGUCGCAGCAAUUAGUGAUUCUACCAGUUCUGUUCCAGAAACCAAGCUGUGAUGCUCAAUGCAUUUUGUAAUAAUCAAAGGCUUGCAGAUGCCUUAAAGAAAAUCCUCCAUAUUCCUUGUGGAUUUAUUCAAUGUCAUGAAACUGACAUUAUGCAGACAAACCUAAUUUUCGAUGUUUUCUGUUGUGUGAGUAAAAAUGUAAACUGCUGGAUUAAAUGUAAACUGUUGGAUUAUCAGAUACAUAACAAAGAGAAAUAAAACAAUCAGUAAUAACAAGUGAAGGAAAUAUAAUGCCAUGCAUUAUGAAAAGGUUAUUAUGAGCUGUAACAUCCUCUGCAUUUUAAAGAAACUAAACACUGAACUCAAGUACCCCAUCAGGAUCUCUAGCUGGGGAAAGAUGAUUUAAAAAUUAUUCAUUGGCCAUACCAUAGAUAUUCUUACAGUAUUUACCAAAAUGAAAGUACAUUUGUCACCAGAUAUAAUGUGGUAUCUUCAGAGUUACCACUGAUUCAAGGACCAUAACAUUAAAGUAUCAUUGGCCACAAGUUCACUGAUGGUUUCUAAUUUCACUGUAUAUAAGUGAAAUAAUGGAACUUCUCUUUUAAAAUUGUAGUUAACUGGAUAAACAAGCAAAAGAAAAAAAUGUAUUUCUUAUUGCACUACUUUGGUUAUACUUGACUGUACAGUUUGUAACUAGAAUAAUUUUAAAUGAGAUGAGUUCAAGAUGUCUGCUGUUAAAAGAGAAACAAUGGACGCUGUCAUUCUUGGCAAAAUACAAAGCUAAAAGUGUAAACAGUGUAUCAAAUAGCAGCUAUUCUCUGUAAAAUGUGAACAGUACUGUUUGUAGACAUUUUCAGCUACUUACAUAUGCAUUGACUUUUGUGAAUGUUAGUCUGCCUGCAUUUGUAUUGUUGUGCUCAGUGCAAGGAGACCUUGCUUUCCGCAAGAUUUACUUUAAUUAAAUUUAUGAAAUAAUAAUGCUUUGUAUAUUUCUAUAUACAUUAACUUGAACAAUUUUGCUUUUCAUUUCACAGCUUGAUGGGUGCCUUUGGUGCAUUGAACAAAUACAAUUUAUUUUAAUCUUUAUCUUCUGACGAUUAAUCAAAGUUAAACAACUGGCAUUAGUAUUUUUUGGAAUUCAUUUUAUAGUGUACUGAUUUUUAAAAAUUAAGUGUCAUUCAGAAUGUUAACAGAAAAACAGUUCAUAUUAAUUCACAGUCACUACCUCUCCAUGCAGUAAUGAAUUUAUUUCUUGUUAUUUCUGUGUGUCUGCAGCUCUUCAGUGCACAAGCAGGGUAUCGGUGAAUUAAAGUGCUUCACAACAAUUUAGUUUCUUUCACUGAAAAUUGCAAAUUUAUUUAUUUAUUAACCUGGAAAGUC